GGUUCUUCUUUCAUUUAGACUUCUAGAGAGAGAAACCACUGAGUUUUUGAAGUUUCAGAGAGAGAGAGAGAGAGUCCACUAGGAAGUUAUUGAAGUUUCAUCGCCAUUAAAGAUGGGUUCUGAAGGUUUUAUCUCUCAAGACAUGGCUGAGAUGCUUGUGAAGGCUGGGUUGUUUUUUGGGGUUCAAGCCUUGGUUUUUCUCAUCCUCUCCAAGUCCUCAAACCUGUUCAAAACCAGGAUGAGGUCUUUCAAGACUGUGAGAUCUGCGAGCAUGAGGCGAAUUCUCGCCAUGAUUUCCGACGACCACACCGGGGAAUCCUCACCUCAGCAUUCCCCCAUUUCAACCCUGAAAGAACAGUGAAAGCCUCUCCCUGCAAAAGUGGAACUCUAGAUAUCAUGUUGCUGCACUCAUCACGGACACCAACAAGAACAUAUGUCAAAAAUUGACCUCUUAUUUUUUCAUUGUUUGUUGUGAAUUUUUUUUUUAUUGGAUUGAUUUAGGAUUGUGAAAGGCCACUUGAGCUACAGGCUGGAAUCCAUUGUUUGUAAUUGCAUUCGUACUUCAUACAAUUAAUUGAAUUUAUUAUUUUUUAUUUA